AUGGCGAAUCAUCAUCACGACGGGGUCAACCCCCUAAGACCUUACUACAUCCCACCUUCCAUCGGCGAACCCGCUGAAGCCGUGCCCACUCCAGGGCCCCGCGCCUUUGCCCAACCCAACGUCGUCAACUCUAGCGACCGAUAUGCCUCGAAGGCGCGGGAUAUCUUCUCUGACCUUGACUACAAGGACUACAUUGCCGACCCUUCCCCGUCCGUAGUGCAGACCGUCAAGGAGGUUCUCGACGAGCUACUAUGGAAAUACUCGUCCGUUCUCAUGGCGCAGCCCUUCGAGGUCGCCAAGACCAUCAUGCAAGUGAGGGCCCAAGACGACCUCGGGGGUCUGGAGGCCGCGGCAGAGGCAGCAGAGGAAGCUCGGCAACGGAAGGCAAACCAAAGGAUACACAUGUUCGAUGAGUCCACACAAAACGACUCGGACUCGGAUCUCGACGACGAGGCAUCUUUCUUCACAUCUCACGAACCAGGGGCACCCGGAUCUGCCAUGCCUCGGUCUAAGAACCCCUGGCGUGAACAACGCGAGACACCCCAAGCAGCACAUCCCGCUGGCAAACCCUUAUCACCCCACCACCUAGCCAUUCGGACGCCCGACUCAGUAUUAGAGGUGAUCGCCCAGCUUUGGAACAAAGAAGGGGCCUGGGGUGUGUGGAAGGGGACCAAUGCGACCUUCAUCUACUCGGUGCUGCAGUCCCUUCUGGAGAACUGGUCGCGGAGUCUUCUCAGCGCCUUGUUCAACGUCCCGGACUUGGGCGUGCGUCACGACCUUGAUCGUUUGGUGGACAUCGCCUCACCGUACCCCUGGGCCUCCCUUUUCGUGGCUGCCACUGCGGCCGUGGUGACCAGUUUGGUCCUCUCCCCCCUUGACCUCGUCCGCACCCGCUUGGUCAUAACGUCCACCCACUCCGCAACCCGCCGCACCCUCUCCACCAUGCGCUCCCUGCCCUCGUACCUUUGCCAUUCCUCCCUCAUCGUCCCCACAGUCCUCCACUCUCUUAUCCACCCCCUCCUAACCCUCUCCACCCCCCUCGUCCUCCGUACCCGGUUCAUGAUCGACCGUGAACUAGCCCCAACCGCCUUCUCCGUCGCCAAGUUCUGCUCGUCCACAGUUGCCCUGCUACUGAAGCUGCCUCUCGAGACUGUGCUCCGCCGCGGUCAGGUGGCCGUUCUCAGCUCCGAGCCAUACGUCUCGGCGCUCGAAGGAAACAGCGCAGCUGCCGCGCGGGCCGCACGCGCGAGGAGGGCGAACGCUGGCGCAGUCGUCGCGGUCGGCGAGCAUCAUCCUCCCCCGCCCGCUCCGGAGGGUGGUUUGGAGACGAUCGUGCCCGUGGGCCGGUUCAACGGUGUGUUUGGAACCAUGUACCGGAUCGUCAACGACGAAGGCUCGCACGCUAUUACCAAGCCUACCACGGCUAGCAAGACGCCGAGGAAAGGAAGGUCAGGCAGUGCAACGCCGCCUGCUUCUGUCUCUGAGACGGUUUACCGCCGCGGCCAGGGCAUGGAUGGGCUCUGGCGCGGGUGGAAGGUCAGUUGGUGGGGGCUGGUUGGGCUCUGGGCAGCGGGUGUGUUGGGUGGGGGUGGUGAUGGUGAAUUCUAA